AUUCGCUGCGCUUAAAACUCGUGUGUGGUUCUCCAGAUUCUGCAUUUCUGCAUUCACCAACUGUUUUAAAAAAUAUUAAUUAGAAACAAUAAAUUACAGCUUGGUGAAAAAAUGGAUAAAAACAGCGCGGCAUUGGUAAAGAAAUUGCAGUCUGAGCUGGAAGCGUACCAAAAUUUGCAAAAAACCUGCGUAAAACUAGUAAAACAGCGUACGCUGCUGGAAUCCCAGCUGAAUGAAAACAAAUGCGUGCUUGACGAACUAAAUCUUCUUGGUCCAGAUAAUAAAGUUUACAAGCUAUACGGUCCUGUGCUUGUCAAGCAAGAUCUGGAGGAUUCGCGUCAGAAUGUAGGCAAACGCAUAGAGUAUAUUUCAAAAGAAUUGAAAAGCUCAACUGAUACACUGGAAAAUAUGGAAAAAGAUAUGACAAAACACCGUGAAACUGUGCAAAAACUACAACAACAAUAUCAGGUAGCCGCCGCAAUGAAGUAGACAUGUAUGGAGCGCUUCUCUCGGCUUCC